GCCAUAGGCAUUCACCUAGGCAUCACAAACGCCUGUGUGGGCGUUUUCCAAGACGGCAAAGUGGAGAUCAUCGCAAACAAAGACCGAGACCAAAUGACACCUUUGACUGUUGCCUUCACCGACACUGAGUUGCUGAUUGGCAAAGCAGCUAUAAAUCAGGAUAAGAGGACCAGCGUCGUCUAUGAUGUAAAACGCCUCAUCGGUCGCCGUUUCGAUGACCCAGAUGUACAGUUCAUGAUGAAGUACUGGCCAUUUGAGGUGGUGAACGAUGGCAAUGGAAAGCCGAUGAUCAAAGUGCAGUUCAAGGGAGAAACUAAACGCUUCACCCCAGAAGAAAUUACCUCAAUGGUGCUAGGCAAGUUGAAAGAAACCGCUGAGGCGUACCUCGGCGGCACACCGGUCACCGAUGCAGUCAUCACCGUUCCAGCCCGUUUCAACGACGUCCAAAAGGAGGCAACGAUGGACGCCGCCAAGCUAGCCGGACUCAAUGUGCUGCGCAUCAUCAGCGAGCCAGUGGCUGCCGCCAUUGCCUGUGGUGUCAACAAGAAGAAAAGUGACAAAAACACUGAAAAGCAUGUGCUCGUUUUUCACUUUGGCGGUGAGACGGUUGACGUGUCGAUUCUCAAGGUUCUUAAAAAUGGCGUUUUUGAAGUGCAAUCAACCGCUGGUGACGCUCACUUGGGCGGAGAAUUGUUAACCUAUCGACUGAUUAAGUGCUUUAAAGAAGAUUUUAAGCGCCAGCACAUUCAUCUGAAGGACAGUUAUGCUAUAAAACGAGCCCUGCGUAGACUGCAAGCUGCCUGCGCGAGAGCCAAACACUCGCUCUCCUUCACCACACAAACGUCCAUUGAAGUGGAUGCACUCUUUGAGGGCGUCUUUUUCAGUGCCCCUUUCACUCGGGCCAACUUUGAGGAGCUGUGCGCCAACCAACUCCUUGUCACACUUGAGCCGGUAGAGAAGGCGCUAGCGGAUGCAAAACUCGCCAAAUGGCAAAUUGAUGAAGUGGUCCUGGUGGGCGGUUCGACGCGCAUUCCCAAAGUGCAGACGCUGCUAAAAGAGUUUUUUGCCGGCCAAGUACACCUGAACAAGUCAAUCAAACCGGAUGAAGCAGUCGCCUACGGUGCCUCACUCCUGGCAGCUGUUCUCAUUGGAAACGCACCCUCUCUAAAAAACAUUUGCCAAACACCUGAUGGUGUCAAAACUCUGCCCCUCUCGCUGGGCAUAGAAAUGUUUGGUGGUAUGAUGAUUCCGCUGAUCAAUCGCGGCAGUGUUUUGCCGGCUCGCGCCACUGAAUAUCUCAUAGGAAGGCCAUGUCACCAGUCAAGAUUGCUGAUCAGCGUUUUCGAAGGAGAGCGAAUGUUGACAAUAGACAACCAGCACCUUGGUGCCUUCCUGCUCUUUGGCAUUCCGUCGAAGUCGUCAACAACUGAAAAUGACCAGCUUGAACAAGUCCAGGUAACCUUUGAGGUGGACCGCAGCGGCCUGUUGCGCGUGAAAGCUCAUGUGGUGAUAGAAGAAAAAGAAAAAGAGACAAAAAAGGUUCCAAUCACCGAGUUUACCCUUCACAACAGCUGCCUCUUGAGCCGUCGUCUGUCGCCAAAGGAGAUCGAGCAGGCGGUCAUCGAAGCGGAGAAGUACCAUGAGAUGGAUAAGCGCCACUGGGAGCGGCUGCUCCUGAUGGCUACAUUUGAAAACAGUGCUCAUCUGGUGAAGCAAGUUCUAGAGGAAGCAGAAUGGAGAAAGGGGAAAAAGGGAGGACGUGAUCAGCGGCAGGCACUGAAGAAGGUGACCGCCACUUUGAGCUGGUUGGAGAACGGUGCAGAGUACGCUUUGAAAAAGGAGAUUGAACGGAAGAGAGCAAAGUUGGUGGCCGUUUGCAAGCCGGUACUGGCUAAACUGGCCCAGCAAGAAUCUUAA